AUGUCAAGUUCAAGAUACGAUAGAGCCAUUACAGUUUUUUCUCCAGAUGGUCAUUUAUUUCAAGUAGAAUAUGCUAUGGAAGCUGUUAGAAAAGGUACUGUAGCAGUUGGUGUACGUGGUAAAGAUGUUAUUAUUUUAGGUGUUGAAAAAAAAGCUACCGCUAAAUUACAAGAUGCCAGAUCCAUUAGAAAAAUUGUUAAAAUUGAUGAUCAUAUUUGUCUUACCUUUGCUGGUUUAACUGCAGAUUCAAGAGUUUUAAUUAAUAAAGCAUUAAUGGAAUGUCAAUCAUAUAGAUUAACUGUUGAAGAUUCACCAUCAGUUGAAUAUAUUUCAAAAUAUAUUGCUGGUAUUCAACAACGUUAUACUCAAAGUGGUGGUGUUAGACCAUUUGGUAUUUCAACUUUAAUUGUUGGUUUUGAUUCAGAUGGUACCCCAAAUCUUUAUCAAACUGAUCCAUCAGGUUCAUAUAGUUCAUGGAAAGCUGCAGCUAUUGGACGUAGUUCAAAAACUGUUAGUGAAUUUUUAGAAAAGAAUUAUACAGAUACUAGUGAUGAAGAAUCAAUUAAAUUAGCAGUUAGAGCACUUUUAGAAAUUGUUGAAAGUGGAAAUAAAAAUAUUGAAGUCGCAGUCAUCAGAAGAAACCAACCAAUCGUUUUAUUAGACGAAAAAGAAAUUGAUAGACUCGUUGCAAUGGUUGAAGCAGAAAAAGAAGCUCAAAAAGAACAAGAAAAAUCUGAAAAAAAAUAA